AUGGCUGCAACAAGGGCCAACGAGUUUCUGGAUGCAUCCGACAGCGAAGACGAACGCUUGAAUGGAUACGAGUCGGAUGAUGAAGUAAAGAAAGGCGGCCGCGGUCCCAAACGACGAAAGAUUAGCAGCGACGACGAGGAAGACGACGAUGCUGAAGCUAGCGACAAGGAGCAAGAUGCCAGUGACAGAGAUGAGGGGGAGCUAGAAUCGGCCAAACAAGAUGAAGAAGACGACGAGAUUGGCGCCGAUAGCGGCAAGAAGAAGGCCAAAAAGCUAAAGACCAAAGAUUUGCCUGGUGUCGCCCGACCCUUGACAAAGAAGAACCUAGUCGCGACAGAGGAAGCCAUCAAAAAAUCUGGCGUGGUCUACAUUUCACGGGUGCCGCCAUUCAUGAAGCCUAAUAAACUACGUUCCCUCCUUGCUCCAUACGGAGAAAUCAACAGGAUAUUCCUCGCCCCCGAAGAUCCAGUCGCACGAGCACGGCGCGUCAAAGGAGGCGGCAACAAGAAAAAGACUUUUACCGAGGGCUGGGUCGAGUUUAUCAAGAAGAAGGAUGCAAAGGCUGUGUGCGAGCUUCUAAACGCACGGCCAAUCGGUGGAAAGAAAGGAAGCUACUACCACGACGAUAUAUGGAACCUGUUGUAUCUCAAUGGUUUCAAGUGGCACAACCUGACGGAGCAGAUUGCCGCCGAGGAUGCUGAGAGGUCGAGCCGCAUGAGGGCGGAAAUCAGCAAGACGACGCGGGAGAACAAGCUGUUUGUCCGCAAUGUGGAGAGAGCAAAGAUGCUGGACGGCAUGGAGGCAAAGGCAAAGGCGAAGAAGAGGAAGGCGAGCGACGCAGCGGACAAUGAGGAACCAAGGGAGAGCGUGCGGACGUUUAAGCAGAUUUCCAAGAUCAACAAGGGCGGAGAUACCAGCGAGCAACCAGAGCGAGUGAGCAGAGUGUUGAGCAAGAUUUUUUAG